AUGUCCACAAGGCCGAAAAGACAAGUCUUGAAUAAGCUAAGUUCCUCUCCCCAGGGAUCUUAUCGUGAGGAUGAUCAGUAUGGGGAAGGCGAGGACGAAGACAGUAUUGGACUCGACGAGGAGCUCGAGGAAGAGGAACUAUCAGGAGAAGAAAACCUCAUUUCAGAUGAUGAAGAUGAACCAAUGGAUGAUGGAGAAUUAGAGGCUGAUGAUGUUUACGAUGACGGAGAAGCAAUUUACGAAGGAGAUGAGGAUGAAGAAGAUGAGGAAGAAGAGUUCGAAGAGCUUGCCAGAAGCAAAAGCAGGACGAAGGCGAAGGUUCCGGUUGAAAGCAGUAAGAAAGAGCAGAACAAUGUCUCGGUUAAGAACAAAUCCACGAAUAGUUUGCUGAUUAGUAUGAAUUUUGUGGAUAAAAAGAAACUGUCCACUGUAUUAAGCCAACCUAGUUCUCCAGGUGCUAAAGGAACGAAACCAAAUGCGAAGACCAAUUCUCGGACGAGGAAUAUCAAAAUAACUUAUACCGAACCAAACGAAGAUGAUUUUGGGAGCGAUAUCGAUACAGCAGAGGAGGUGAAGCCAACCAGUAUAAAAAGAAGUAGCAAUGCCAAGGGCAACAACAAAGGACGUGGUCGACAGACUGCUGCCACUCUCAAUGAUGACGAUGACGAUGACGAUGACGAUGACGACGACGACGAAGACAAGGACGAUGAAGAGGACGAAGUUGAUGAUGACGAGGACCUUGAUCUAGAAGAAAAUAUGGAUGAUAACGAGGAAAGUGAUGUUGAUUUCUCUAAAUUGAGCGAGAGACAGAGAUCCAAGGUUUUAGGGGUUUCUGAAGAACCAGAAGAGAUGACGCCCGAGCUGUACGAGGGCAAGAAGCUACCGAAGAGUGUUCUUGCAUUAAUGGAAGGCAGUUCCAAGAAGAAGGCGUUAACGGAGGAGGAGAUACAACUUAAAAAGGCUGAAGCCGCGAGAAAGCGUAAGACGUUCAACAUGCGUAAGCUGGAGGCUGAGAAGAAGGAGACUUUGAAGAAGUUACUACACCGUAAGAUCGAUAAGGUGGAUGCCAAAAAGCAAGAGGAGGAGAACGAGAGACGAAGAAGGAAUCAGCUCAAGCGCAAGGAGCUCAUCACCCACAGAGCUCUCUUCAGUUGGUUGUCGAAGACGGAAACAGUUGAUGACAAGAAGACAAAUGUUUCUCUCUUCUCGCUGCAAGAAUCGUAG